AUGCUUCUUACUCACCUUGUUCUGGGUGCUCUUGCCAUCAUCAGCCCGGCAUCUACAUACCCAACACAAACCAACAGAGACCCAAAGUAUGAAAAUGCAUACCCCCACAUCUCCUCCGCCGGUGGCAGCAUCGGCAGCGAUCCGCAACUGCAGCCCCUGAUCGCGCUGGAACAUUUCAAGCGGAGCGUCGAAGCGUUCUUCGGGAGUAUUGCUCCGGAGCCUCAUCCAACAUCUGCAGAUGCCGGUCUUGCUGCCCGCGACAUUACUACUUCCCGAGGACCUGUCAAGAAAAGAGGCCAGUCUGCCCAGGCGCCUGCGAAUGGAGGCAGAAAACCCGCAGCCCCGGCCGUUGUCAAGAGCAGCAAAUCGCUGGCUGCGAAGCCUCCCAAUGCUGCUGCCUUGCCCAAGGCUGCCACUGCCCCCAAAGCUGCUACUCUCCCCAAGGCUGCUACUGCCCCCAAGGCUGCUACUGUCCCCAAGGCCGCUGCUCUUCCCAAGGCCGCUGCUGUCCCCAAGGGAAAGAAUGUUGCCGCCGCAGGUACCAACAAAGGCUCACCUGGUUGCUUGAGGAAGGGACUAGCGAAGCGCACUGUUGUGGAAACAUCAGUCAAUAUAGACGACACCGCCAUGAAGAACAUGAUUGCGGUAGCGAGACGAAGUGACAAUUCGUGGAGGGAUGGUGAGGGAUGGGCUAUUCUUGCCGCCUGGCCGCCCACCGGCGUCAUGCCCGUGCCCGAACACUAUCAGCUCAUCGCAGGCUAUGUAAAGAUCACCAGCACCGUCAGAGAGGAAAAGGACUCGUGCGGCCAGGUUGUCAAGAGAAUAACGACCAACAACCGACAGUGGCGGGGUUACGCCUACGACAUCCGCGCGCAGAAUAACAAGAUGAUAUUCAUCGACCGCGGCGAGAGUGCCUCGCCCGACAGCUGGCCCGUAAAGAACCUCUUGAAGGAAGCGGGCUUCGGGUCAGUGAGCUACUCCAACCUCGGCCCGAUCAAAGAUGGGCUCACUUACGAUGACAUCUCGACGAUUGGAAAAAUCAUUGUCGCCGAGAAUCCCAAAUACUCGUACACGGGAGUCGGUGGGCACAACUGCAAGACGUUUGCGCAGGCGCUGUAUAAAAAGAUAGCCUAA